UUACACGACUCAUUUUAAAAAAAUUGUUUUUUUUUUGAACCAUCAGACUUUAAACAAAAGAAAAGCAAUAUAACCCUUACCACUUUAACUAUCAACACCACAUUUAUCAUUCAUCCAAAUCAUUAAACUUUCAUAUCAUCAACAUAUCAUAUAGUCAUAUACAUCGAACUAUAUCCAUCCAUCCAUCCUAAUCUAUUUGAUCCAUCCAUCUAUUUCAUCACCACACCACCAUUCUAUUUAUUUAUACCCCCUCCUUCCUUCGUUCGUUCUUUAUUAGUAUCCUAUUAAUAGAUCUCCAUACACAUUCAAUUCAAUUCAUUUCAUCAUCAUCAUCAUCAUCCUAACUUAAUAAACUCAGUCAUUCGUUACAAUACACACAUACCCACCCUCCAUCAUAACACAUCAUGCAUUUCAUAUCGAUAAUAAUAACCUUAUUAUCCCUAUAUCUUUCUUCAUCAUUAGCUGAUGUAUCCAUAGCUUCUCCUUCAGCAGGGGAUAGUUAUUCUGGUUCAGGAGGUGCAGCCGUCAUUGAUGUUAAAUGGGUCGAUGAUGCUGUUUCCGGUUCAGAUACUUUUUCCUUAACCAAUGCUCAAACUUAUACUAUAUUAUUAUGUACUGGUUCAAAUUUACAAAUUCAAUGUGAUAAUAAUAAUCCAUUAUUAUCAAAUGAAGCUGUUCCAUCAGAUUCUUAUUCUGUAAGUAUCAAAAAUACUCUUUAUCCUAAUGGUUAUUAUUUCUUACAAGUUUAUACUGUUUUCCUUCAAAAAGCUACCACCACUCAUUAUUCCGGAAGAUUUCAAUUAACUGGUAUGCAAGGUCCAACUUCAACUUGGAAAGUUACAGUUACCGGUGCUGGUCCAGCUGCUCAAACUUCAGGUGGAAAUGCCGUUACCACUACUUAUAAUUCAGCAUCUUUCAGUAUUCCAUAUACUUUACAAACUGGUCUUACCAGAUUUGCUCCCAUGCAAACUCAACCUGGAUCUAAAGUUACUGCUACUACAUGGUCAAUAAGAUAUCCUACCAGUUCAGUCACAUUAUUUUCCACUCAAGCUGGUUCACCGGUAGUUUAUUCCACCAUCACUCCAGGAUGGGAUUAUACUCCAAGUUCAUUAGUUAAUUGGGCCACAGUUGCAACUUAUCCAAAUUAUUAUUAUCCUGCUUCAAGUAGAGUUAGUAAAGCAAGUUUAAGUAGUGCCACUAAGAAAAAGAGAUGGUUGGAUUAAAAUCAGUAGGUACCAACUAUGUUUCAUUCAUUUGGUUGUGUCUUUGUAAAAUAGGUUAAAAAUAAUUAUUUCUUUUCGUAUUAUUGUUAUUCUUGUUGUUUUUUUAUAUAUAUAAAUCUAAUAUUGGUUGACUUUUUUUUUU